CUAUAGCUGUGACUCUUUGUAGGGGUAGAGUAGACUUGGAGAGAAAGAUGGUCACUUUUUUCUUUAAUGGAGGUCAGCACAGCACGCUUUGCUUCUUCAACCGAACAACCUAAAACAUUAUUUUAGGUUGGGGUUGCGUGUGUGUUAUUAUGCUCUGAAGUCUGAAUUCUCAGUUCUCUCUGGUUCCUGCUUUUGGGGUCUCGAACCUUUCAGGGUUUUUGUUCCCUUUUAUUACACCCAUCUUUCUUCACUUCUGCCCCCACUGUCUUUUUUAGUUUCCCUCACAUCUUAUAACGAACGAAGUCUAAGUCCUUCAUUAGAGAGGAACCCAUUGACUGUGCUUAGAAACAAAUAUGAAAGCAAGAUAUAUCUGUUGUAUGCCUUUUGCCUUUGUGAGUUUGAGUUGCUAGAGCUCUUGUAUUUUUGGGAGUUUCUUUUCCUUCAAAGGUGUUUAUUCAUAUAUUGUAGUCCGGAUUUCUGUUUCUGGGAUUUCGAGUGAAGAUCUCAAGUUUCUCGCCUAUUCCAUUCUGGGUUUUGAUUUGGAAUCUGUAUCUUGACUUCUAUUGCUGAUUCAGAGAUGUGGGUGUUCAAGAUUUUGUUCUUUGGUUGAGGACUGGCAAGUAUAGAAAGCAGAAGCAGAAAGUCAUUAUUGUUGAGUGAAGUAGAAAUGGAUUGUUGUUCAAACAAUGGUAAAGCUUGUCCUAAUCUGAUAGAUUUGAUUCCCAAAGAGAGGGUGUGGCUUGUGAAGAGAGAUGAAAAGCGAGUCCAUGGGUCCUCUGAGGAGAAAAACCUUGAACUAAAGCUUGGUCCCCCAGGUGUUCAAGACUGGUCCAGGAAGAAUUCCUCAAGAAACAGCAACAAAGAAAGAGAGAAUGAGAAGUCAAUUAAUCUCUCUCUUGGCUACUUCUCUUCCAUGACAAAUAACAACAACAAUGGGAACCUAACACAUAAGUUCUCUUCCUCUGAAAAUUUGUCAUCUCCAUGGUCUACAAAGGGUUCUUUUCUUCAGUUUCCAUCUACAACCCAACAAAGCUUGCCUGUCAUGGUGAAGGAAUCCUCACAGUCACAGCCCUGUUGUACCAAAGUGGUAGAAUUGCAGUCUGCAGAAAAUAAGGCUUUUUCACCAGUACCUGCAAAUACAGCUGUGCCCAACAGCUCCCAGAAAAGAAGUGCCCCUGGUCCAGUUGUGGGAUGGCCUCCAAUCCGUUCAUUUAGGAGAAAUCUUGCAAGCAGCAGCUCUUCAAAAGCAUCUCCUGAUCCUCAAAAUGGAGUCCCAAGCAAGAAGAUUGCCAGUGAAAAACAAGUUGAAAGUUGCAACAAAGGUCUGUUUGUGAAGAUUAACAUGGAUGGAAUCCCAAUUGGAAGGAAAGUGGAUCUCAAAGCCUAUGACAGCUAUGAGAAACUUUCAAAAGCUGUUGAUGAACUCUUUGGAGGCCUUCUUGCAGCUCAAAAAGACUCCUCUGCUACUGGAAUAAUGAACACUGAGGAGGAAGAGAAACCAAUUACUGGCAUAUUGGAAGGAAGCGGCGAAUAUACUCUUGUUUAUGAGGAUAAUGAAGGAGACAGGAUGCUUGUUGGGGAUGUCCCAUGGCACAUGUUUGUGUCUAUGGUGAAGAGGCUGCGUGUUUUGAAGAGUUCUGACGUCUCUUCCUUAAGCCUUGCAAGUGGAAAGCUAGACAGGAGAACUAAAAUGGAUUCAGCAGCCUUGAAAUGAAAAUGAGAACAUUUUGGGUUGAAAUGAAGGUUGAAGGAAAAGAGUUUUGUUCAAUUUUGAAUUUGGGUUUCUGUUACUAUUGUUAUUAUUAUGGAUCUUCUUGCACUUGGGAAGUACAUAUAUAUUGUGGCAAACCUGUGUACUCUUUUUUUUGCCAGUUUGUCUAUUUUGACAUGCUCUUUCAGCUCAAAUGUAAUUGGCAACAAUGCUUAAAGCAAUGUCUUAUGCUUUUGACUUGUAUUUAGUGUGAUAAGCCCAUCUUUAAUUGGUUCCCCAAA